AUGGCCGCCUUACCACCACGAAGUGUUGGACUUGUUGUGGUGGAAUCAUCGACUUCUGCAAUUUUAGUUCUACUGGGUAUCCUCGGCAAUUUGCUACUUCUCGUUUCGUUGUACAGGAAACCUCGUUUAAAAAGUUCAACUGGCAUUUUGAUCGCAGCUUUGGCGAUGACUGAUCUACUCAACGCCUGCGUUCCCGGAGCCCUAUUCUGGUCCUCUCUUACGAAAGGAAAGAUGUCUUUUAGCAAUUUUGGUUGCCAGAUAAGUGGCUUCUUCAUGCACUUUUUGACUUAUGCAUCUACGGCGACUAUGGCUCUAACAGCAAUCAAUCGAUAUGUUUGUAUUUUGAAGCCCAACGUGUCUAAAAAAGCUUUCAGCUAUAACCGAUCGAUGCUCUACAUAGGUUUCUUGUGGGCAUUUGUAGCAGUGAUUGUCUUUCUCCCUAUAGUGGCUGGUUCCUCCACGUUUGCUUUCAACCCCGUCAUGGCCGCGUGUGUGAUGAAAUUCACCAACACAAGUGCAGAAAUCGGCUACACGUUCUUCAUCGUGGCUUUUUUUGUGGUUUGCUGCUUGAUAAUCAUAUCAGUGUGCUACUUUCGCGUUUCCCGAUUCAUCCGCCAUCACAACGAGAACACCAUGUCGCAGCUGUCGAUGCAAGAGAUCAACUUGACCAAGGCGUUGUUCGUUCUCGUGUUUACGUUUGCGGCGUUAUGGAUACCGGCUUUCUUAAUGAUUGUCCUAAACCGUCUGGUGCUGAAGGCCAAACUUCCCCGUCAGUUCGUUCUAUUCGUGCCUUAUCUCAUUUAUUUGAGCAGCGCUUUGAAUCCGUGGAUAUACGGUGUCAUGUGUCCAGUUGUUCGCAACAAGAUGAAGAAGACUCUUUUUGCAUGGAAGGGGCGUGGCUCAACUGUCUCUGUCGGACCUGAAAUAAUUGUCGUUAGCACCUUAGGACCACCCCGACGCACAAGUUCCAUCAGUAUCAUUACCCACGUCAGUGAUUUGGCAAACGUGAGUUCAUAA